GGAUGCCCGGACCGCGGCGCGAGUAGCGGGCCAGCGGGGGCCAGUGAGUGUCAGUGCGGCUUCACGUUCACACUCCACCAUCUACUCUGCCGCCGCCGACUCCUCGCGCGUGUGUUGGAAUCGCCACGUAACAACAAAACAAGGACGCAAAGAUAUUUUGAGACGGGCGUACCUCAGAACACAUUUUGUGGAACAGAGAUCGUGGCGUGGAAGUGAAGCAGACGAGUGCAGAGGAACGUGAGGACAGUUGUCACAGUACCUGGUGGUCACGAUGUGGAGGUGUGCUCAAGUGGUCCUACUGGUGACUCUGUGCUGGGGAGUGGCCUCAGCCGACCCUGGGGCAUUUAACGACACAGUAGUCGCCGACGAGUGUGCUGUGACAGAAGUUCUGGUGGCCAUGAAGAAGUUGCUGCUUCUGUUGAGCACCGAAGUUCGCGACCUGCGGAACCAGGUGAAGAACAGCUGUCAGGUGAGCAGCGCCGCAGCUCCCUUCACCACCGCCAGCCCCAUCACUAAGACUGAGCCUGUCGAGAAACAAGAGUCAGCAGGUUCAGUGGAGGCGACCACAGAGCCUGAACCCGACGACAUCAUCGACUUUACCAUAGAGCUGGAGGAAGACGAGGACGGGGACCUCAAUUACACAGACUCCGAGAGUAAUCCUAUCAGCGACUUGGCGAAGGGCAUUGGAAACUGGUGGGAGACAUUCUCUAUCUUCCCUCCAAAGCCGACGACUACUGAGGCCACUCCAACGGACGAACCUGAGGAAACGGACCAAGAAGAGGACGAGGAUGAAGAUGAGUAUGAGGAUGAGGAUAUCACGACCAGGGCCCCUAAUCGUACAACCUCGACUUCCACGACCACAACCACCACCACCACCACAACCACUACCUCACUCCCAUACACAGUGCCCCCGCCACCCACCAGUUGUCCCUCGCCCUUCACACUGCUGGCCCAAGGCUGCUACAUGUUGGUGCACAAUGCGCGGGACUGGAGGACGUGGGGCGACGCUUUUGCCUUCUGUCAGAGCUACGGCGGCAGGCUGGCUUCCCCUUGGAGGCUGGAACAACUCCAGGAUUACUUGAUCCGCUACUACUCUGAUGCCUUCUGGGUAGGUGCCCGCCUUGUUCUUGCCAGGCGAAGAUGGGAAUGGCUCACAGGAAGGAAUAUGGAGCGAGGGGAGUGGAAGCCCGGUCAGCCAAGCAGGAACCCUGGCAAGAAGUGUGUUUUCCUGGACAAGUGGUCUGGUUACCAUGCAAACAACUUCUUCUGCGGAGAGAAGUAUCCCUUCAUAUGUGAGACUGCUUAGGGGCAGGAUGGCCAGCCUGCAGCCACAAUGAGUGUACACAAUAUCAUGUAGAGCUACUUUGGGACCAUUUGUUUAUAAGACUUUCUGGAGUAGGUGAAUCAAACUAUUGAUAAGAGGCCUGCCUCAAGUGGCAUGAAAAUACUUCUUAUUAAGGCAGUAGAAAUUUCAAACAUGUUACUGUUUUUUUACCACCACUGUAAGAAAUUCCAAUUAAAACAGGAAAUUA